CGCUGCCCGCCCGCCGUCCGCCAUGGCGCUCGGUGAGCCCGUGUUGCCCGCCUUCGCCACCUUUGCCGCCUACGCUGGCGCAGGCGCCCCGCAGGAGCGCUGGCCGCGCCCCGAGCCCGACGCGCCCGACGACGACCUGAACAGCGUGAUCGACUUCAUCCUGUCCAUGGGGGUCGAGGCGCCGCCCGCGCCGCCGCUGGCGCCCGAGCUGCUGCCCGGCUGCGCCCCGGGGCCCGCGCGCGUCAAGGCCGAGCCCCCCGACGGCGACCCCGGUGCCUACGGCCGCGCAGCCCCGAUGCUGGGCGCGCCCGAGUCGCCACCGCUCAGCCCCGCCGGGGUCCCCUUCGCGCCGCCCUUCGCCGCGCCCGGCUUACCCGUGCAUCCCGGGCUGCGCUUCCCGCCCGGCCCCGCCGGCUUCGCGCGCUUCGAGGACGCGGCCGCCGCGCUGCGCCUGGGCCCCGGGCCGCGCGGCCCGCUCACGCCGCCCGCGUCGCCGCUCGAGCUGCUGGACGCCAAGCCUAAGCGCGGCCGCCGGGCCUGGCCCCGCAAGCGCAGCGCCACGCACACCUGCAGCUACGCGGGCUGCGGCAAGACCUACACCAAGAGCUCGCACCUGAAGGCGCACCUGCGCACGCACACAGGCGAGAAGCCCUACCACUGCAACUGGGACGGCUGCGGCUGGAAGUUCGCGCGCUCCGACGAGCUCACGCGCCACUACCGCAAGCACACGGGCCACCGGCCCUUCCAGUGCCACCUGUGCGACCGCGCCUUCUCGCGCUCUGACCACCUGGCGCUGCACAUGAAGCGACACAUGUAGCCGCCGGGCCCGGGCCCCAAACUGACUGGUAUUUAUUGGACCCCUAGACGGGCCGGCCGGUGGCCUCAGAGGGGUCCCCUCCUCCCCGAUGGCGACGGGAGGCCCGCGGGAGGAGAGCGACCCUCUCGACGAGUUUUGUUUUCAAAAUGGUGCAAUAAUUCCGUGUCGUGUCCUGGGACGGGUCUACACUAGGGGCUGGGACGGCGGCCCUCGUUCGUACUGUCUGGGACUUAUAAUAUUGUACAUAGGACUGGGACAGAUAUUAUUGUAUUACUGUAAAUACGGGAGACGAGUGGGCGUUCUGACCGCCUGGCUGGGUUUUUUCUAUAAGACUUGCUGUUUUUUAAUUAAAGAAAAAUUUUUGCAUCUUUUGAAAAAA